UGUGUGUGUGUGACCGGCUCGGACCGCGGGUAGGGGAGAAAAUGGCCGGCCGCAGGUUCGAGUCCUCGGCGGGUCUGUGUGUUUAUCCUCCCCGCUCAGGGCGGUCCGUCUCCGCGCCCCUCUCGGCGGCUUCGCUCUGUCCGGUUAACGACCCACGCGGCUCGGGUCCGACUCGCAGCUCCGCGCGGUUCCUCCUCCGGUUAUUUUCCAUAAUCGGACCUUCGACUCCGCGUAAUGGCGUCCGCGGCGCUGUGUGUGCAGCAGGAGGACAUGGCGAGGCGGAGGGCACCGACCGAGGGCUCGUCUCUAACCCCGAGCCGGCCGCGAUCACCCGCCGGAUUUAGGAAAUAAUAGGGAAUAAAAAAUUAAUGCUCCGACCAAUGGCUGUGACGGUACCAUGGAUGGACACCAGCUGCCACAUCAAAACAAGAAAUGUUUCUCUCUGCAUGGUUUGUACAAGAGGCUUUGGAAGAAAUGCUUUAGAAGUUUCUCAGGUAGCAAUAAACUGACUACUUCAGCAAGUCUCGAGUGACGUCAUCGCUCCUCCUCUGGUGAGAUAACAACUCAAGUUAGGACACUCAUGGUUCAAACAUCAGAGGAGAUUAUCAGGACCUUCUCACCCACACAACAAUCAAAGAGAGUGACCUUGGCUCCAUCACAGUGAAUCACAAGUUAAUCUAAUGGAAUUUGAAUCUGAAGACCAAAUACUCCAAAAUAUUCCCUCCAUCUCAGGGGUAUCUCAAGAGCAGGAUGAAGUAAGCACUGACAGUAUAGAACGUGAUGGCAAGAAAAGAUCACCAAGACAUUCAGUUUCAAACAAAAAUCCUCUUCAGUCAAUUCAGGCUGUCACAAAUGGCGUCACCACUCCAGAAACCAAAACACACACUGUGCAAACAGUUUCACCAUCGACACCCAACAUCAUGCCUGCAGAAGUGAAUGAACCAAUAACCAAAGCGAUAAAUUUAAAUUCUAACCUCUUAUCCAGCGAUUUACCAGUAAUGGAAGUUCAGCGACAAUCCCCCCAUUCUGUUUGUAGCAAAGGAUUUGAUGAAGGACCCAGUCAUGUUACCAAAGAGGAGGUGAAGACACAGGACUUUGCUAACAUCGUUGACUCUGAUGAUAUUACUCAUGGAAGAAGUAAAAACUGUGAGGCACUGGAAAAAAAUAGAGAUUAUCCAAAGAAAGAAAAACCGGAAUGCAGUGAAGAUUGCAACCAAGCUGCCUGUAAAACUCAAAUUACAUUUUCUGAAAGACAGGAGGGAUUUGAUGCAGCAUUGCCUGAAGCCAUGACUAGUGCUAAAGACAUCCCAGUGCAGGAAAGGGCAUUGGAUUUAAGCCUGCCAAAAAAGAAGGUCAGGGAUAACAAAGAGAAAUGCAAAUGGAUUCUAGAUUCUGGAUAUGAAGGUUCAUUAUUAAUGGAGGUAGAUGAGAUUGAGGAUGAUACUCAACAUGUAGAAGUAGAGCAAGAUGAAGACGAUGAGGAGUGCUGGUUUACCUUGAGAAACGAUGAUCCAAAUAAUUUUCUUUUAGAAAGUUGGGAUCAGCAUUCUGUUUCUCAUAUAGCCAUACCGUCUCCCCCUUGCACCAGCUUUUCAUCUCUUGAUCCAAAGGACACACUCCUCAUAGAUGACCAAGGCAUCCCCUACACUCUCACUCCAGAUGGUCAGAAAGUUCCUCAGAUAGAUCCUUCUGAAAUGCCGAAGGUUCCCUCAGAGGAGAUCAGUCCUGAAUUUGCGCAAUUUGAGGACGAGGCAACUGAGACUUCCCAAGAUUCUGUAGCUGCUCGAGAGUUGUCUCUUCCAGGCAUGUGUCCUGAUCUUUCAGUAGAAACCCCACAAGAUACCUUAAGCAUUGAGAAGAAAUCUUCCUUUGACUCUACUGAUGAUGCCAAGUCAGCAGCCUUACCGACCAUAUCAAGCUUGCCUUCACUUCCUAUUCAGAUUGUGGCUAGUAACACUGGAUCAAACACUCCCAUCCUCCUUCUUCCUCAGUCUCAACUUCAGACACUUUCAUCUUCAGCGACUAACACAACUCCAGGAGUCAUGGCUUUGACACUGCCUUUGGCUCUUGCCCAGAACACUCAGUCUUCCCCUGUCUUUCUUCUCCUUUCAUCUCCUCAAGUUUCCGGUGGAAUUCAGUCUUCUACAUUAUCAGAGCAACUUUCUCAAAUUUCCUCCACAUUACCUGUUGCACUUCCCACACUUGGCCUUAAACCAGAACCAGUCUCCUGUACUACUACUACUACCACAGACGUCUCAGGACAAAAUAAGCCCUGUAAUUCUUCUUCUGCCCCUACCUCACCCACUGCUUCCUCAAACACUUCAUCAGCAACCUCUAGAAGUCCUGCUAAACAAAUAAAAACGGAAGCAUGCUCUGACACACCCACUUCUUUUCAGGAAGCACUACUCAGAUUAGCGGUAUCUGCCGUACAAAAAGCAGAAAAACAAUCUAAAUCCAGUGAGACUACUUCAGUUGUUACACCCUCAACUGAAGCAACACAGUCGACAUCCCCAUCAGCAACUCAUGCUCCAGAGGAACAAGUCUUGUCACCAGUCUCUGAGCCGGCUUCCAUCCCGGUGGACCAAACUGACUCUUUAUUAAGCUCCACCUCUGCUGACGGCCCUCCGUCACUGUCCUCCAAUUCCCCUCUUCGUCCAGCGUCACCCGUAUUUCCCACCAACCAUCCCAAGAACCAGGAUUCGCAGGCAUUAGGCCCACGUCGCAUUCUUUACUGCCAGUAUUGCCCGCGGGUUUUCUACUACCUCUCGGACCUCGAGCGCCACUCCAUCACGCACUCCCAGAACAAGCCACACGUUUGCCAGCUGUGUGGCAAAGCCUUCAAACGCUCAAGCCAUCUGGAGAGGCACAAGCAUAUCCACACGGGUCAGCGGAACUUUGUGUGCCAGCUUUGCCCACGGCGUUUCCGAGAGGCAGCGGAGCUGACAAGACACCAGCGGGUACACACAGGGGAGAAGCCUUUCCAGUGCCUGUUGUGCCACAUGCGCUUUGCUGAGCGCAACACUCUACGGCGGCAUACCAAGCGCAAGCAUCAGGGUCAGCAGCAGGAGGCAAUGAGCAUGAAAGUAAAGCCAGAGACUGAAGCGGUCUCUCUUCUUGGUAUUCAGGAGCAACAGGAAGAGAAUGCAGAGUGGUACAGCUCUACAAUGACUGAGAUGGACUCUGACAAUGACACAGGGGGAGAAUGAACUUUUAAAGAUAUCUAUAAGACUUAUUUAAUUUAUUUAAACAGAAAAAUCAAGGUUGCACAAUGUUCCCCACAAAUCAAAUAUAGUCAUUCAGUCAAGACAUGUUUGGUAACCAAAGUUUGCUGCUUUAGUUUUACAUUGAAGCUACGCCAAAAGUGUGCCGCAUAGCGCAGAAGAGUAGUACCAGCCAAACAUUUCGACAGUAAAGAGAUGAAGAUCCGAAUUUUGGCAAAUUCUUGGGACCAGUAACCGACCGUUAUUAGCACUGUUUUAUAUAAACAACACCAGGGGUGUUCAGUCCAGGUCCUGGAGAUCCAACACACCUGGCUCAGAUGUCCCUGAAUGCCUUCGUAACCUAGAUCAGGUAUGCUAGAUUAGAGUUGGAGCUAGCCUGUUUUGUGUGGUAGGUCUCCAGGACCAGGAUUGAGUAACCCUGCUUUCGGCUUUAUUGGAGGAAAAAAUGCAGCCUAACGUAACAAACGUAAUGUAGUUUACUUACAUUUACCUCAUAUUAUUAGCCCAAGUGAACAAACAUAACAAACAUACCUUGAACUUCAUAUUCAGCAAUCAGCAAGUCAGUAGCUCGCAGUCUUUAAGCUUUUUUGCUAUGGGACAAUCUACAUAGGCUAACCAUUAAGCUAACAGACACGUUUGUAGGCUAUAGCUUAAGGCUACACUCAACAAAAAGUCAGUUUGAGUCUACCUUGGCAAUGUGUCAUGUGGCUAAAUAUCCUGGUUUAAAAGAGUUUCAUCUCUGGAUCAAGUUGGGCAUCUAGGUAGUAAGUAGGGCUCAUCAAACUGCUGGUCUGCCAUGUGUUUCAACCAGACGAAAGCAUACUAGAAUAACAGAAGCUUGGCCAGGCAGCUUGGCCAGAGCUAACUGUCUCUAUAGCGCCCUCUGGUGUACUGCUUUGCGUCGUGACGCAUUUCAAAAUGCAACUACACGUGAAACCGUACUUUUUCAGGUAAGCAUGUUUCUGGCCUUAGGCAUGCAUUUUACACAGUAAUAAUGGGGUUAUAUUUGUUAGCUACAUUAGCCUCGUAGCUCCAGUGCAAAAGCACAGAAGCAGACGACAUCAGACCCGUCUUCGCUGAGUCACUACAUUUGGGCUAAGGGGAGAAAAUGUGUCAAUUAGAAUUUCUGUCCAAAUUAUUGCGUUGAGUGUGGCUUUGUGUGAACUGUGCUUGCAGUUUUUGAACUCUUUAUUUCAUGCAUACAUUCCUUUGCUGCUUUCACCAGAUAUACAGCUACUUUCAUUCCACUGACCUUUAGUUUAGUCCGUAUUGAGGCCGUGCUCUUUUAUUUCAAUACAGACAUUAACUUUAUUGCUUUGGAAAGGUAUUUUACUUCUUAGAUCGGCUUUUAAAAGCCUGUAUUAGAGCGUACAUUUCUUAUCCCGGUAAAACUUUACUGUGAAGGAAAAGUCAUCAGAUGUAUUAAAAGGGGAUUUUCACUGUUUUUUGUCAAAAUUACUGCAUAUUUAAUGGUUGAGGUGUAAACAAUCUCCUUCAAAGUGGUUUGAUGUCAAGUGGUUACCGUUACCUGCUGACUCAGAUUUCUUUUCGGUGAUGGUGAUAGGAACCAGGGGUCACAGUGUCUUCAUCAAAGGUGAUGGGUCUGUGGACUUGUGAGAAAUAAAGGUUCUGUGUAGUUAAACUUUCUGUUCAUUAAGGUACAAACAGUGUAAAUGUUCCCUCAAAGGUUCUGCAGUGGUUUUAAGGUCUGAUUGUGAUCCUUAAAUGAGU